GCACGCAACCCGGCUUAACCUCGGCACCCCAUUCAUCAGCAGAACCCUUCCUCUGGAUCGAUGCGACCCUAACCCCACACGUGAAAGGUCGACCUGUCGCUAAAAAAACAGCACGACAUGAUCAGCAGCAGCAGCGUCUAUGGCUUAAAGAUGCAGUGGACCCCCGAGCACAGCCAGUGGGCCGAACAGCAUUUUGACAUCUCCUCCACAACGCGCUCACCAGCCCACAAGGCAGAGGCCUACAGGGCGGUGCCCGGCCACCUGCAGCGCUCUGCCACCUACCAGUAUGCCUGGGCGAAUGACGACAUCUCUGCUCUUACUGCGUCCAAUCUCCUCAAAAAAUAUGCUGAGAAGUAUUCCGGUAUUCUGGAGAUGCCGGGCUCCUAUUCGGAAGCCCCCGGGGUCCCAGGAGUGAUGAACGGGCGUAAAGGUGAAUCAGAGCCCUGGCAGGAUGGCGUCUACCCCAUGAGCUGCAUCCCAGAGGGGGUGUCAGUCAGGAAAGGAGGGGUUGCGGCGGCUUCAGAGGUGGUGUCUGGCAUGUGCAGCUCCCCAGGCUUGGCCUCCAGUACCCUGAGCGAGCCCAGCUACUCCAGCAGCAGCUGUGGGAGCCACACAGCCACAGCCCUCCACUCCUCCUCCAUGCCCUCUCAGGAAUACGGCCCGGCAUACAGCGGCUCCUACCUGCACAGUAGUUACAGCUCCCAGUCCGCCCCCACCCCAGCAAUCCCCUCCCCUCUGCACAGCUCUGGACUUCUGCACCCCCCCCCUCCACCACCCUCCCACCCCACUUUAGUUCCUGCUUACAACGGAGGCUCCCCCAACUUGUCCAGUUAUAAUUACCCCCCAGCAGGCUACCCAGCCCAGAGCUCAGUCGGGCCAGGAUACAGCCCAGGGGGAGCGCCCCCUCCCUCCUCGUAUCUCCCCUCAGGCAUUGCUGCACCAACGCCGCUUCCCCCCUCUUCUGCUUUACCUGGAUACCCAUACCAGAGCCACAACCUGACCCCCAUUGCCCCCACCCCUCUCAACAGUAGCUCCUCCAACUCGCUGAAGAGGAAAGCCUUCUACAUGACAGGCCAAGGAGAGAUAGACUCCUCUUAUGGCAACUUUGGCUACGGGCAGGCUCGAAGCUCAGCUGAGAGCCCCAUGUACAGGGUAGCAGACAGCAGCAGCUCAAAUGGAGGCUCCAACAGUGCCAGCGGUGGUGGAUUUGACAGGAGUGCCGACAAGUCAUCUUUACCUUUUAAUCCUCAGAAACAGUCCACAAUGCCAUCAGAGCAGCAGCAGAGGAAAUACGGCAGCCAGGCAACAGGUGGGCCACUCACUCCUCCAGCGUACGUCUCCUCCACCCUGGGGGGCUCCCGCUCUGCAGACUCCCUCGCCAGCUUCACCUCCCCCUCCCUGAGUGAGCAAGGUGCUGAUGAUCACCGUCUUCACCUCUCCCAUUCAGCACCAGGGCCUACCUCUUCUUCGUCCACAUCCUCAUCCCGGCCUGCAGAAGAGCAGCUAAAAACCAGUGACCCUCACCUCCUAGACAUGGUUACUUCUGAAAUUGUUCAGCAAGGCCCCCCAGUGGACUGGAGUGACAUUGCAGGUCUUGAAAUGGCCAAGGUUACCCUGAAGGAGGAGGUCCUUUGGCCCAUUCUGCGCCCAGACAUGUUCAGCAGUUUAGGACCAGCCCCACGUUGCGUGUUGCUGUUUGGCCCCAGGGGCAGUGGCAGGACGUUGCUGGGUCGCUGCUUGGCCAGCCAGCUGGGGGCACCAUUCCUUCAGCUCAGUGGUUCCACAUUAGCGACAAAGUGGCUGGCAGAGGGAGAAAAAAUUAUCCGCGCCUCUUUCCUCGUGGCACGCUGUCGGCAACCCUCAGUACUGUUCAUUAGUGAGGUGGACAUGCUGUUGUCAGCCCACCUCAGCGAAGAGAGUCCCAUCAAUCGACUGAAGGGGGAGUUACUAGCCCAGUUGGACUCACUUCUAAUGGGCUCAGGCGAGGAUGGAGGUAACCAAGUGUUGGUGGUUUGUUCCACCAGCAGACCCCAGGACAUGGACGAAGGGCUGCGAAGGUACUUUGCUCGGAGAGUCCUUGUUCCCCUACCGGAUAGCGCAGCCCGACAUCAGAUUGUGAACCAGCUCCUGGCCCAAUCUCAGCACAAAUACUGCUUGAGUGAGGAGGAACUGGCCCUGUUGGUCCAGCGUACUGAGGGUUUCUCUGGGCUGGACCUGGCCAGACUAUGUCAGGAGGCUCUUGUAGGUCUGUUGCAUGUCUCUGCGCAGGGCAUGGACAUGUCGGGUAUGAUGCCCAGGGGACAGAUACGGCCCCUAACUUACCAGGACUUUGAGAGUGUCUUUUGUAAAUUCCAAGCCAGUAUAUCGCAGAAAGAGAUUGACACAUAUACUGAGUGGAACAAAAUGUUCGGCUGCAGCCAGUGAAAAGAUAGAUUCCGCCCUUGAGAAAAAGAGGCAUCCACAAUUCCUCCCCUCAGGGCAGAAGCAUUGUGCUGGAGGGAAAGCACACAGAAGGCCAACACAAGCCCACUGAGUUCUCACAGGCAGGGUUUAGAUGCACCAAGAGACCUGGUUUGAUGAGACAACUGGCAGUUUUGCAGUUAAUGAGAAAGAGUUUUAAUUUGAAUGCUUGACACUCCAGAUAGCCAGGCACUGUUUACACAUUGCAAGCAAGUUGGCUUUAGAGGAGACGCCCCAGUGUCUGUGUAUAUAUAUAUAUUGUUAUGUUCUUGUUCUUAAGAUUUAGUUGGCUAUCCAAGUGCCUGAAGUGGUGCUUUCUGAUUUUUUUUCUCUUUGUUUAUUUGCCUCACAAUCUACAUUCAUGGCAUGAGCUGAUGAUUAUUAAGAGCUUUAAAACUUCAGCAGUGAGUCUGAACAACAGAGAUUGACAGUCGCCAUAGGUGGUGGUCAAUCAUUCUUUAUUGUCUAGCUAAAAGAAAGUAAUCCAUCAGGGUGGCAGUAAUCUGGACCCUGACUCACACUCAUCUCUUCUGAUCCUCUGUCUGCAAAGUAAACAAACGUAACAAACAAAACUCAGGAAAGCGUUUGUGAAUUGUACAGUACCUCAAGAUAUCUUGACGAAAAGCACUAAGAUCUGGAAUCUGAGGCAGUUUGGCAGUUUAUGUCUAGCUAAGCAGUGUUACUGUAGGUGUACCUCAAAUGGCCAGGAUAAAUAGCAAAGAGGUGACAAUGAAUGUACUAGAUAUGUUCUGGAAUGAAGGAACAUAAUCAACAGUGAGAGUAAAAACAUUAUCUUCUAUUCAUCUUUUGUUUUCCACCCAGGGCAGGUGUUUUAGAUGUCUAUUUCUACUUGACCAAUCCUGAAGUUUAUUUCCCUAAAAACAAUGUAAAAUGUGUUAUCCGUCUUUGUUGUUUGGGGGUUUUAAGGGACGGACAGGUGUUGGGCCGGUGGUCAGUGAAUUGUAUAUUUAUUAAAACAACCCUUAUCAGCAUUGUUUAGAAAAGGAGAGCUAGGCUGUAUGGGUAGGCUGCAUGGAGGCUCCAUCAGUUUGUCAUUUAAUUUCUGUGCGAGAUAAUGGCUCAUUUUCCAUCAUGUUAAGCAUGGGAAGCCGUACGGUCUGACUAGGAUGAAACUGAUGCUAAAUUUCCUCAAAAUAAAGUAAUAUCAAAGAAAAUAUACUGUACAUCUUUGUGUGGGUCUUAAACUAAAUGUUCAACUUAACAUCAUUGGGUCUUGUUCCACCCAGUUAUGUGAAAAUAUUCGUACGUAAAGUCAACAUUCGACUAGACCAAGGGACUUUCUCCUAGUAUUUAGGCUGGGUUUGAUAGAUACCAGUGCAUAAGAUAUAUGGCUCUUGCAGAGUUGCCUUGCUACUUACAUUGUUUACCUGUAUUUGAUCUGGAUUAGUUGUAGUAUGGAAGAGCGCACAUUGGAUUGAAAUCAGUUAUUCAAUACACAUACUUGUAUGCAUUUGUAGAGCGAUUUUACCCAGUAUCAGGGCUAUUAGUCCUUAGUUUAAUAAAACUCAAAUCAUAUAAUUGAUUUUAAUCAACUAUUUUGCUAUUUAUAAUAAAUAAAUAAUUUUUGCACUGAUUACUUUUAAAACCUGGUUGAAUCCUGGUAUAUCUUAAAUUAUGUUGCACUACUUUAAAUUAAGAAAGACUCAAUAUAAACCUCAGUCAAGCUGUGGUUUUGUUGCACUACAACGUUAAACUGUCUGAUUUUCAGACCUGAAGAACAUGGCAGUGAAAAAAGUCUCCAGUAAUUUAUCAGCUAGCACGCAAAUUUAUUUUUACUUAUUUAUUAAAUUCUAGCUGUUGUGGUUUUCAUUAUCUUUUAGCAUUUAUCUUACUUUUCCACAGUUUAAAUCUAGUUUGCUGAAUUUUGAUUAUAACUAACAUUAGAUCAAAUUAAUAUUUGUUGAUGCAACCUGGUUUUAGAGUCAGUUCUUCCCAGACAACUAGUCCAUUUCAAAUUCAUGUCAGUCAUUUUAUUUUUUCAAGUAUAUUUAUAAGUAUUCCAGACAACAUAAAGCACAUAAUCUAAGUGCAUUUGGAUUCAUACUCCAGUAUACUGAAGAGCUUUGAAACAUGACUGAGGAUUCAGCACUAGUCUUAAACUCCUUCCUCUCUGAAGGUUAUCUGUUUUUGUAUUACAUUGGAAUGUACUCGGUUUCAUACAGUACAUUGUCACUGUGUGAGAAGCUGUCCCUUCUGUUGUGGCAUGGAACUACUUAAGAUAGUUUAUUGUAUGUGCACUGAAGCAUUUUUGUGUGGGGUAUUUUUUGUUGCUGUUUUUGAAAUGUCUCAAUGCCAUUGGCAGUGCUUGCUUUGUUUUGUUUUGUCUGUCUGUAGUUUGUCCUGGAGAGGUUUCAUUUAUUGCAACCACUGAUCAUUUAGCUGUUUUUUUUUUGUUUUUUUUUUGUGUAUCACUUUUACAUCAUGUUGUAGUUGGUUAUUUAAAUUGAUAUCAGCGUGAAAGUAGGAGCUACAUAUGUGCAGGCCAGUCUGUGUUGCUAUCUCUGUUUCUACUGGUGUAGGUGCCAUCAGUGCAGCACCUGAUGUGGGGGAAAAAGUUCUGCUGAGCAUCAGCAAAAUUGACGGAAGGGAAAGACAGCCAGGCAGUGUGGCAGCAGCACAAGGGGAAAGCAGAGUGGUCCGUCAGAAAACCACCCUCAAAACAAUCUGUACCAGAAUUCCUUCUGUCAGCAAAUCCUCUGGAGAGAGACUCCCUUUAGACAGAAAAACCUACUAAUGCACUUCAGAGCACACAACAACAGCACAGGCGUUCUCUCCUCAUUCUCCACAGCCGACGAACAAAUGACUUGAAACAUACCGGUCAAUGCUACGCUUGUUUGUUACGUGUUUUGUGGUCAUUCUUUUUGUGUCUUGAUCUUUUUCUACAUGGUGGUUAAAUCUAGCUUUUUUUUUUAAAUCCUUUCUUUAAAUGUCCAGUGAGAUUUUGGACACCACAGUUCUUUUUUAAAGCAUUUCUACCUCAUGGCUACAAAACACACGUGGUAUUUGAUUUAUGUCUUUCCAAAUGUCAGUUUGUGAAAAAUACAUUGAAUGAAAAAAAAAGAAAAAAAAAAAAAACAAGUGGAGAGAAAAACACCAUCAAGUUUGCGCAGUCUACCUCAGAUGACUGUACUUAAAACAUUAAGCUGAUGGUGCAACCGCAGGAUGCAGCAUAGCCUAGUGUGUGUCUCUGUCACUGUGUGUCAGAUAUGAGCUUGGCAACACACACCUGAUAAAGAAAACCGAACAACGACGUCAAAAACACUCACUUUUGUGUGAGGAAGGAACAGUGGACAGUGGGGUCAACCUAAAGGUGACCUGGAAAUGUAUAAUCCAAUACAUUUGCUUUAAUCUUUUGUGAACUACUGUGGUUGUGCGCGUGUGAAUGUGUAUAUACGUGGGCACACUCUUCUUUUUUUUAUUUAGUGUGUUGAAUUUUAUAAAUUGUUAGUAUAUAUAACACACUUGCACAACUUAAAAACAGAGUGUAACGUGUUUCUGUUGUACAUACCUAUACAUACAAUACAAAUGCACCACUUGUUUAUAUGUGUGAAUAUGUUGCCAUACUUGCAGUCAAUUUAAAUGUAUUUUCAUGUAAUCUGAGGUACAAGCAGCAACAAACGAUUCAUUAAAGACAUUUUCUUGGGAGAUUA